AUCCGUCGCCAUGGAGAAAUCUGUUGGCCCACGGUGUCGCAACGCUGAUGCGGUGCCCAUGGUGGCUGCUCUGGCAGCUUUGCCUGGCUGAGAAGGAUCUGUUUGUCCCACUGCGCCGGGAGGGUUCGCCGCGUGAACGGGAAUUGGUCGAGGAACUUCGGCAGUGGAAUGGCUAUGCUUUCAAGGUGACAGGCCGUGUGGUGGCGGCCAUGACCACGACGCCUCGGAGAAUCGCGUUGAUCGAGCCGGUCAUUGACAGCUUGCUGAACCAGAGCAGGGUUUUGGACAUGAUCUACCUCUUUGUGCCGCGCACCUUCCUCCGAGACAGCACCAUCUAUGACAUCCCGCAGUGGCUCCAGAGGAAGGCUUCACAAUUCCACAACUUUCAGCUGCAGCGCUGCCUGGAUUCGGGUCCUGCCACGCACAUGCACCAAGUGUUGAGGAUGGAACGGAACCCAAAGACCUACAUCUUGCAGGUGGACGACGAUCAAAUCUACGGCCCACGCUUGCUGGAGAAGCUCUUAACAGCCACUGGCCCUUUGCCGGGUCGUGCCAUUGGAGCAGCCACACAGCAUGCCUACCAUUACCUACAGGGCGCAGUACUGGAGGGUGUGCAUGGGGUACUGUUUCAACGCAAAUUCUUUGACAAUUGGGCCAGCAAUUAUGAAGGUUUCCCCGACACUUGCCGCUUGCACGAUGACUUGUGGUUCUCAGCACAUUUGGCACGCAAAGGGUUCCAUCGCGAGUCAUUGUUCAACCGCUUUGGCAGCACUGCGCAGAAGUUCGGCUUUGAUGCAGAUGCCUUGUUUCGAGGGGGUGCCGGAACGUCCAACCGCUGGAACUUUCUCAGCUGCAUGGCAGCCUUGCUGAAGGCUGAGCCAGAGCUCUGGGACUUUAAGGAUCGUGUCGCGGUGCUGGCUCCCUGGUCGGUGAGAUCGAGCAGGGCCGCGGCCGUGCGGAUGAGAUCUUUGCAGCGCGGUCGAUCGGGCCCGGAGGCGCUGUAUUGGUUUGGUCCCAUUGGAGCCCAAGUGUUGCAACACUUGAAGGAACGAUUGAGCCCAGAGAUGACGAUUCCAGAUGGUCUGGUCACGACAACUGGAACCACAUGGAAUGGCACCAUGGAGGUCUACCUCCGCAACUGUCAGGGGCUUUCCGGCGCCUGUUCCUACUCCGAUGCCCUUCGUUUCCUGCUCUCCUUCGAGGAAGAUCCCUUGACGCUGUUGGUGAUCUUGGCGGCGGAACCUGAGAAUCAGAAGCAGCUGGAAGCUCGUGUGGAGGAGCACCUUCAGUGCCACCUCCGAAGUUCGUUGCGCAGUCGUCAGUUGUGCCGCGGAAGACACGGCAGCAUCAGCUUUCGAAGGCAUGCUGCUUCGAACUUGGAAGAUGUGAGCAAGAUUGUGUUCAUGCCUCAUUUCAGUGCAGAUUUCCAGAAGCCCGGGCCCAGCGAGAUGAACCCAGGGCCAAAGCUCGACUUUAUACGUGAGUCUGCCGUUUAUUUCGGUCACUUCCAGGAUGCCUUGGCUGUUUCGUCCCACACGCGACGCGUGGUGGACGCCUGGUUCAGCGAGCGGCGCCGCAUCGUAGCGAUGCUGUGGCCCAGCAGUGGCACGCAUGGCCCGAACAUGGCGGGGGCGCUGCGAAGUGUGAGGAGGCAGAAACCGCACCUUCACAGGGUAUAUCUUUUCCUCAAAGGACGCUGUGUUUCUGGUCCGAUGGCUCACUGGCAUCGAGUGCGUGUGCUGUGUCAGGAGCCGAGUCUCAUGGAGCUCUUGGGCCGCGAGUGUCGCGAUGAUACGAUCAUUUUGCUGGGGGAAGUGGGUGUCCGAACUCGCCUGCCCUAUACGCAGCUACUGCAGGGGCUUCACUUAUGGUCAGGUCACGCAGUGGCCGGCCAAGCAACAACGACCUUGCUUCCCCUCAUGCAGUCAGGAUUCCUCUUCAAACGUGGCUUCCUCGAUCUCAGAAUCUUAGAUCCCUUGGCUCAGUCGGAAGGUCAAACUGAUCCACAUCGCCUGUGCGCUGCCAACCUCUUGGUGCAGAAUCUCCACCUCAAGGGCAUCACUUGGAAGGUGCUGCGCAGCCACCUGGCCCCUGGCCACGGUGCCCGUUGCCCGGCGCCGGGGCCGCUGUGGGCCCCGCGCUGCGUGCUGUUCGUGUCGCUGCCGCCGGUGUCGGAGGAGAUUCUGGAGCUCACCUUGCGACUGGCGGCGGCGCAAAGCCGGAAACCUGAGGAGGUGGUCUUGGUGACAGGGGACUCUAAUCUGGACGGCACCACUUCGGUCGAUGAGCACUCUUUGGAUCUGGGUUUACUGGAAGUGCACUUGGAAGGAGAUGUGGCCGGCGCCUCGUCCCUCAUUUGCCGCGGUCGAAGACAUCUUAAUCGACGACCGCCGCUGUCGCUCAGCGAGCUGCUGCGGCUAGUGACGUCGAGGAAGGUGAGCUGCGUCGUACGAAAAGGGACUCGAAGUUUCGUUCUCUCAGUGGUCUCCUGCGGUGAGCCAGUUUGUAGCCCCAGGUCGAUCCUAUCAGUGGCCUUCGCACGCGAAUGGGAACCAGCCACGGUGUUGAUGUUUGCAGCACCGGAGCGUCUGGUGAACGAACGUUUCGUUGAAGACAAUGAGGACUGCAUCUCUGCCUGUGGAACCAGCUUUGAUCAAGAGAAGUGGUGCGGCUGUGGGCAGAACCAACCUCAUCAGCAUGGCACCUUGUAUGACAUGACAAUUCGCAGGGCUUCUGGUUACAUUCUGCAUAGUUGAACGCGCAGCUCCAAAGCGGCAGCUUCAGCCCGCAUGGAAGAUUUGUUUCCUGCUAGAUGUCGGUGUCAGGCGGCCAGGGCCAGACAAGCAGUUUCAGAUGGAGAAUCGACGGGGACCACAUCGACUGGUGCAACGUGCAGUGUUUUGAAUGCCAAUGAUGAAGAUUUCUUUCCAUCCACUUCCUGGGUUCCGGAGAUCUUGACAGUUGGCCGUCCAGACGUUGUGAUUCUGAUGACUGAUGGCAUUUGAUGGCCAUUCAUACCCCAGAGCACCUGAGAAAAGGCAGCCCAGUGGCAAAACAUCGCAAAACAUCAAAAGAAG